GCCCAUGUCCAAACCAUGCAAUUAAAUGUUCUGUUGUUUAUCUCUGUAGAUUAGCAAUAAUUAUGGAUAAUUUGGAAAGAUUUCGUUCAGAAAUUAAGGCCUUAACAAAAGCAGAAGGCCCUAGUAAAAAGAAAUUCGAGAAAUCUCAUGGAUUGAAGACGACUUUUCUGUCGCCGAAGCUGUCACGAAAACAAAAACGUAAAGAAGACCGUCAGCAGAAAAAGGAGAGAAAAAACGCCUACAGUAGGAGAUUACCUAUUCCUACUAAAGAGGAUAUCGAAAAAGCAAAGGAGGACAAGUUGAUGGCAGAAAAAUUAGAAAAAAAGAAAAAGAAGUUGAAAGCAAUGAAGAAGAAAAGCAAAAAGAGACUGGCAAGAAAGAAAAAAGAGGCACAAGAGGCGAAGCAGGAGGAGAAGAAGGUGGAGACGAUGUGGGAUGACAAGGAAAUUAAGGAUCUCGAGAAGAAACUUGGACUCAACAAGCGGAAAAAGAAGGACACACUGCCCCAGUCAUUCAUGAAUGAUGGAUUGGAUUAUAUUCUGGACGUUGUUGAUCCACAAAAACUGCAAUCUCUGGCAGAAUACAAUCAACUGGAAGGGGACAGUGACAAUGAGUUUGCUGGUUUGCAAGAGGAUUGUGAAUCUGAUGAGGCUGAACACAUGGACAUGGAACAGUUCUACAGUGAUGAUGACCAUGGUGAUGAUGUAGAUGAUGGUAAUGAUCAUGAAAGUUAUGGUGAUAAUGAUGUUCAUGUGUUCAGUGAUACAGUUGACAAAAGUAUACAAGACAUUAAAAGUAAAUCUAAGAAAGAGCUCACUCAGGAAAUAGAUAUUGGUGAAAACAUCGAUAAGAUACAAAAGAGUGCGUUUGGUGGUAAAGAAGUGGCAGCUGAUAAGAAAGAGAAGUGGGAAGAACUGGCAGAGAAAAUUAAAGAGAUAACAGCUAAAAAGCUGAAAGAAAAGAAGGGAAAGAAGGACAAGAAAGUCAGAUUUGAGGAGUUAAGUGAUGGUAGUGGUGAUGAUGCUGAUGCAGUUGAGGAAAUGGAAGAUGACUCUGAGUUUGAGAAUACUUUUGAAUCUGAUGAUGACAGUAUAAAUGAGGGUGAAGAGAUAGAAGAUGAUUUGGAUGCUGAAGAUGAUGAAAUUGAUAUGGCUCACAUUGGUAUGAUAAAAGGUACCAAGAGAGAGCUGGAAGAUUCAGAUUCUGAAGGUGACAAUUUAGCUAUUGACUUAGAAAAUGGGCCUGAAGGUGACAAUGAGGCAGAUACAAAUGAAGAAAACAAUGAACUGAAAGAGGACAUUUAUGGUCGAUUAAAGGACUCCAGUGGUAAAAUAGUUCGUGACAACAAACCGGCGGGAGGAGAGGGGGCAUAUGUGCCGCCUGGCAAGAGGUUACAGAUGGCUCGGGGCAUGGAUGAGAAGAGAAAACUGAAAUUAGAGAAGCUGCAUAAACAGCUGAAGGGAAUGGUCAACAGGGUGAGUGAAGCAAACAUGCAGCCAAUCAGCAGCCAGAUAGAGGAGCUGUAUCUGGGCAACAGCCGUGCAGAUGUAAGCGAUACACUGGUGGAGUUUGUGAGGUCAUCGUGUGUAACUGUGGCGCUGACCCCAGACAGACUUUCUAUGGAGCUGAUGAUGCUGGUCGCCAUAUUGCAUGGAAAUGUCGGCUCGGAAGUUGGAGCAGCUUUUCUUCAAGAACUGGUGAAGGUCUUUAACAGUCUUUCUAUGGAGGUGAAUUAUGGGGCGGGUAAACAGAUGGACAAUGUUAUGGUGUUGCUGGCUCACCUCUACAACUUCAAGGUUGUAGACAGUGUGUUGAUAUUCAACCUGCUGGACAGAUUGACUGAGAGCUUCCAAGAAAAAGACAUUGAACUCAUCCUGCUGUUGUUAAAACAUGUUGGUUUCACUCUCCGAAAAGACAGCCCAAGUGAGCUCAAGGAUUUCAUUGUGAAGGUACAGGCCAAGGCAAGUGGCGAGGAGGGGGGAAAACUAGCCGACCAAUCAAGAGUCAGGUUCAUGUUGGAUGUAAUUAUGGCUAUCCGGAACAACAACAUGAGAAAAAUCCCAAAUUACGACCCCGAUCAUCUUGACCAUCUACGUAAACUCAUCAAAACAUACAUCAGAGGUGGCCAUUUUGGAGACAAUCAGCUGCAUGUUUCUGUAAAUGAUCUAUUGAAUGCAGAGCAGAAAGGAAAAUGGUGGCUGGUAGGGUCUUCCUGGGAUGGCAAAGAUUCUAAACAUGCGGAGAAUGGGGAUUCAAAAAGUAGUUCCAGUCUUGGUAACAUGGAAGUUUCCAACAAGCUUCAGCAAUUGGCACGGAAACAGCGUAUGAAUACAGAGUUGAGGAGGAAUAUUUUUUACAUCAUCAUGACCAGUGAGGACUACAUAGAUGCCUUUGAGAAGCUGUUACGUCAAGGCCUUAAAUCCAGUCAACAACAGGAGAUGGUGUUGGUCAUCCUCAGCUGCUGUAUGCAGGAGAAGCAGUAUAACCCAUUUUACGCCUACCUGGCUCAGAAGUUCUGUGAAUACCAUAGGACCUACCAGAUGGGUUUCCAGUUCAGCCUGUGGGACCAGUUUAAGGUGCUUGGAAGCCUCUUGGACAGAAGCCGGGACCAACUUGCAAAACUCCUGGCUCAUCUGGUGUCCACUGGGGCACUGUCUCUAUCAGUAUUUAAAACUGUCCAGUUUGGGACCCUGGACAAAGCCAUGGUGAGGUUCAUGAAACAUUUCAUGACAGAACUACUUCUGGAACACCCUGAUGACAACGUGAAAGAAGUGUUCACAAGGAUCGCGCACAUUGACAAACUGAAGCCACUGCAUGAGGGCUUAAAGCUGUUUCUGAAGCAUUUCUUGGUGAAAGGGAAGAAGUCAGAGCCCAAGAGCCCCAUGUUGAUAGAGAGGGUGGAAAUGGUGGAGAGGAUAUUGACCCGGGGGAAGGGCCAUGUGUUAUUGUGAUUGUGGGAAAUGUAUUGUUUAAGAUUCUUGUUAAUUGGUCUAUUUUAUUUCCAAAAGAAGUCAAGAUAUUGCCACACCUUUGUCUUGUGAGUCAGUUGUCAGGUCUUGCCAAAUUGAUUUACGGUAGUCUGACAUUGUCUGUUAAGAGUUAUCUGGCUUGGAGGUUUUUGGGGUUUUCAAACAAACAAAACACAAACGCUAUUCAACAAUCAAAAUAAAGCUUUGAAAACUGCAUUUAUGAAGCUUAUAUACGAAAAAUGGAAUUAUUUUAUUGUUCAAGGUUUACAUUUUAAACUCAAGACAAAAUUAAUGGAACUUUCAUGACAUUUGCCUGGUUGGUAGGUUUUGAAAUUGGAACCACUAUGCUAACCAUAUAAAGAAACUGGAAUUUCCUCGUGCUGUUCAUGUUGGCCACAAGCCCAUAUCUAGAAGGUCCUGGAAAACAUUUAUACAAAUCUUGACCCGUAUACUCAGAAUGAAAUUGAUAUUUUGUACUUGUGUAUAAAGGCCUAUACAUGUAGUUCAUGAUAGAAUACUUGCUCAACUGAAAAACAGAUCAUCAUUGGCAUACUCUAGUUGUGCUCUUGCCAUAGACUGCUGUACCAGUACAGUUCUGAUACUGCAAUUCAUACAAUGUAGCCUUCAAAUAAAGUUUUAACGUUGUUAAUGCUAAUUGUUAGGUCCUCCUUUAAUAGGAGCAAAGGAACUGAAAAAUAUCCUAUUAUGCAGUAAUUUUGUUAAAUAUCACAUAUAAAUAAGUCACAUAUUGAAUUGAAAAUGUUUUACAAAUUCAAACUACAGUUACCUUGUCCAUGUGACCAGUCAAACAAUUUUUUAGAGUAAAUGAUAUUAAAUUCUAUGAAAACAAAUGAUCAUAACAUAUGAUUGUUUAUAGGAGGGUCCCAGUAUGUAUAAGCAAGGAUAGAUGUCCAUGGCACACCUAAUUUAAGAAUGCCAUCAAUGUCAGUUUAUCUUAUUGUGUUAAAAAUUGUGCCUAGUAAGAAAUGAUAUGAAGCCAUUGAAGAGUCAAUACUAAAUAGAUACAUGGCAUUUUACAAAUAUGUGUUCAGUCUCGUAGACAAGUAAAUUAAUGAGAUUUUAAGUGUUUUAUUUGAAUUAAUUUUACAAGUAAAUCACUGAUUUUGUGUCAUUUUGUCAAAGUGUCUGCACUGGUUUCACGUUCAAUUUGGCAGCUAGUUCAUUCUGAAAAGAAAAAUGAAUAAAAUGUAUUGCGUGCACAUUAUAUUAAUUCAUUUUGGUAAAACACUCGAAUGUGUACCAGAAUGUUUUAUCAUUUUUCGCAUCAUAUGUAACUUAGAUUUAUGAACUAAAUGUUGCAAUUAGAAAUAAAAUAAACCCAUAUGUGUAA